AUGCCGUUACUUAAUGUUGGGCACCUCACCACGACCUCGGGAGCCAGCAAAACGCAUGCAGACGAGCAAAUUUGGAACGGUGUGCUCUUAGAACUCGAUGAUGAAGAAAAUUCGAUGGCUGCAGUGAACUCAGUAAUGGGAACGAAUGGUGCUUUUGUACCGUCGAACUAUUCCGAUAUGCGUUUUCGUUGUGAGCAAAAGAACAGGGACAAAAGAGUAACUCCAGCUGAUCAGCGGAAUGAUGCACAGCUUGUCGAUUUCAGCACGAGCGGGUGGUACUCCCCAGACGAAUCGACGAUUGCUUUGCUCGAAUAUCCUAGCAUAGGUUUCCAGUUCGAUCUCGUUCUUCCUGAAUUGAAGUGCUCUAAAAUGAAGAUUGAUCCAGGAACGCUACUGAAGCCUCUUUCUGAGCUCGACGACCCGCGGAUAGUUAGCUUUCUAAGACAGCAAUCUCGACGCAAAGACGCUAUUCAUGCGCGUGAUGUGCUCAACCCAUACGUUUACGCUGUCGUACCGCAAGCCGACGUUAUGCGAUUGACUGAUGGUCAAGCUAUGCUGCUUUUGGCCAUCAGUGAGUGUGAGCGACGGGUUCUCCUGUACAAGGACUUUGAGACAUUUGAAUUUGUUAGCAGUUUACGAGAGGGUGAUGCCGUUUGUGUAGAGGAUUGCGGCAAAAUAUAUAGUGGUCGUGUAAACAAAGUGGGUGAACGACCUUACCACUGUGGUACAUGGUUCAACAUUGUGAUAGCGGACCGGGACAUGAAUGGAUCGGAAUGGUCUACUGCUCCCAGAUAUGUUUAUGCGAAUGCGGGUCAGAUUCACAAACCAAACAACAGCUCAAUUAUAGCCGAAAGCAGGUGCGUUUGA